ACGUAAUUCACGAAGAAUGCUUCUCAACCCUAAAGAAGCCGCAGCAUCUCAAUUCGCAAAACCCUAAUCUUUGAUAUUCGUCUUCUCCUACGAUGUCGGUGGGAGAGCUCGCUUGCACCUAUGCUGCUUUGGUCCUCCACGACGAUGGAAUCCCCAUCACGGCGGAGAAAAUCUCGACCCUGCUGAAGGCUGCGAAUUUGUCUGUUGAGUCGUACUGGCCCAGUCUCUUCGCUAAGCUUUGCGAGAAGAGGAAUGUUGAAGAUCUCAUCGUGAACGUUGGCGCUGGUGGUGGCGGUGGCGCCGUCGCAGUCGCUGCUCCAACUGCUGGUGGCGCCGCUGCCGCAGCUGCCCCUGCCGCUGAGGAGAAGAAGAAGGAGGAGGAAAAGGAGGAAAGUGACGACGACAUGGGCUUUGGCUUGUUUGAUUAAGUUUAGUUAUAAUUUGAAUGAUGAUUUUGUGUUGAACUUGUUUUAGAUUUUCUUUGUAUUAGUAGUUUAAUACUCCUAGUAUGGUAUUUUGAUGCAGUGUUACUGCAUAUAUCUUUUGACAAUUGUGGUACUCUGAAUUUUGAGGUAACCAAGAGAUUCAUUCAUCUUAUGUGAGUUAAGUUUUCGUUCAA